UCUCUCUCUCUCUCCGAGUCUCUCCGGUGGUCCAUUGCCGGAGCGGAAGCGAUCAGGUAGAUCUGGUGGUGGAGGUGGAGAGUUGAUGGUGGAAUGGUUGGGAGAACAAAGUAGAAGAGAGGGUGAGUACUGUAUAGGAUGAACGGAGGAUUGGCGAGGGAUCGAAGAGGGAGGUGGUGCUUUGGUGAAUCUCUCACAUGGAAUGGCAGAUCUUGUUAGCUACGGGAAUGCCCACCGUGAUAUUGAGCAGGCUUUAAUUGCUUUGAAGAAGGGUGCUCAGCUUCUGAAGUAUGGUCGUAAGGGCAAGCCUAAGUUUUAUCCAUUUAGACUUUCUAAUGACGAAUCAUCUUUGAUCUGGAUAUCAAGUAGUGGAGAAAGAAGUUUGAAGUUAGCUUCUGUAUCUAAAAUUAUUCCUGGACAAAGAACUGCUGUUUUCCAGCGGUACCUUCGUCCGGAAAAGGACUAUUUAUCUUUUUCUCUUAUAUACAAUAACGGAAAGCGGUCACUUGAUCUGAUUUGCAAAGACAAAGUUGAGGCAGAGGUGUGGAUUGCUGGCUUAAAAGCAUUAAUACCCUCUGGACAAGGUGGUCGCUCCAAAAUUGAUGGAUGGAAUGAUGGAGGCCUCUACCUUGAGGAUAGCAGAGACUUGACUUCAAAUAGUGCAAGUGAUAGUUCUGUGAGUGUUACACGAGAUAUUAGCUCACCAGAAGUUUCUGUCAGUUUGAGCAACCCAAUUACUUCUCCAAAGAGCUUUCAACCUGAGAAUUCCAUUUCUUCAAAUUCUGAAAGAUCACAUGUAGCAUCAGACAACACAAAUAUGCAAGUAAAAGGAUCCGGUUCAGAUGUCUUUAGAGUUAGUGUUUCUAGUGCUCCCAGUACUUCUAGCCAUGGUUCUGCACCGGAUGAUUGUGAUGCUUUAGGUGAUGUAUACAUAUGGGGUGAAGUCAUAUGUGAUAAUGUUGUCAAGCUUGGGGCUGAUAAAAGCACUAGUUACUUGAGCUCAAGAACAGAUGUGCUUCUUCCCAGGCCAUUGGAAUCCAAUGUGGUUUUAGAUGUUCAUCAUAUAGCCUGUGGUGUCAGGCAUGCAGCCUUGGUCACGAGACAGGGUGAAGUUUUUACUUGGGGUGAGGAAUCUGGAGGGCGACUUGGCCAUGGUGUUGGGAAAGAUAUUAUUCAACCUCGUCUUCUUGAAUCUUUGACAGUUACAACUGUUGAUUUUGUUGCUUGUGGGGAAUUCCAUACUUGUGCUGUUACAAUGGCCGGGGAACUUUAUACUUGGGGAGAUGGCACACAUAAUGCUGGGCUUCUUGGACAUGGUACUGAUGUCAGUCACUGGAUACCAAAGAGAAUAUCAGGGCCUCUUGAGGGACUUCAAGUUGCUUCAGUAACUUGUGGUCCAUGGCAUACAGCCUUAAUAACGUCGAUGGGGCAGCUCUUUACAUUUGGUGAUGGUACAUUUGGUGUGUUGGGCCAUGGUGACAGGGCAAGCAUUUCAUUUCCUAGAGAAGUAGAAUCUCUCUCAGGGUUGAGAACAAUUGCUGUUGCUUGUGGAGUGUGGCAUACUGCUGCUGUUGUGGAGGUUAUUGUAACACAGUCUAGUGCAAGCGUUUCAUCAGGGAAAUUGUUUACUUGGGGUGAUGGAGACAAGAAUCGUCUUGGACAUGGAGAUAAGGAAGCUCGACUUAAACCCACAUGUGUGCCUGCAUUAAUUGAUUACAAUUUUCACAAAAUUGCUUGUGGGCACAGUUUAACUGUUGGCUUGACCACAUCUGGACAUGUGUUUACAAUGGGGAGUACUGUAUAUGGUCAACUGGGGAAUCCCAAUGCUGAUGGAAAGAUACCAUGCCUGGUUGAAGAUAAACUUGCUGGGGAGUGUGUUGAAGAAAUUGCUUGUGGUGCUUAUCAUGUAGCAGUCUUAACAUCCAGGAAUGAAGUGUAUACAUGGGGAAAGGGUGCUAAUGGAAGAUUGGGCCAUGGAGAUGUUGAAGAUCGGAAAACACCAACUUUGGUUGAAGCUCUGAAGGAUAGACAUGUAAAAUAUAUUGCUUGUGGCUCAAAUUAUUCUGCAGCUAUAUGUCUUCAUAAAUGGGUAUCUAGUGCUGAGCAGUCUCAGUGCUCAGCAUGUAGACAGGCUUUUGGUUUCACUCGGAAGAGACAUAACUGCUAUAACUGUGGACUUGUUCACUGCCAUUCAUGCAGUUCAAGAAAAGCAAUAAGAGCAGCAUUGGCACCUAAUCCAGGCAAACCAUAUCGUGUUUGUGAUUCCUGUUAUGCAAAACUAAACAAGGUGUUAGAAUCUGGUAGCAAUAACAGGAGGAAUGCUAUGCCUCGCCUUUCAGGUGAAAACAAGGACAGAUUGGACAAGGCUGAUAUUAAAUUGUCCAAGUCAACAAUGCCUUCCAAUAUGGAUUUGAUUAAGCAGUUAGACAGCAAAGCAGCCAAACAGAGCAAGAAAGCUGAUACUUUUUCCCUUGUACGCUCCUCCCAAGCACCUUCUUUUUUACAGCUGAAAGAUGUUGUUCUCUCUACUGCUGUUGAUAUGCCACGAACGACUCCUAAACCAAUUCUCACACCAUCUGGAGUAAGUUCCAGGUCUGUGUCACCUUUCUCAAGGAGACCCAGUCCCCCUCGAUCUGCCACACCCGUUCCUACAACUUCAGGACUUUCUUUCUCUAAAAGUAUUACUGAUAGUUUGAAGAAGACUAAUGAACUUUUGAAUCAAGAAGUGCUUAAGCUGCGAGCACAGGUUGAGAGCCUAAGACAAAGAUGUGAGCUCCAAGAACUAGAGCUUCAGAAAUCAACAAAGAAAGCUCAAGAAGCUACGGCAGUUGCUGCAGAGGAAUCUGCAAAAGCUAAAGCUGCAAAAGAAGUUAUCAAGUCACUAACAGCUCAGCUAAAAGACAUGGCUGAGAAGCUGCCACCUGGGGCUUACGACUCUGAGAGCAUGAAGCCAGCUUACCUACCAAAUGGCUUGGAUUCAAAUGGAGUUCAUUAUUCAGAUGCAAAUGAAGAGCGCCAUUCAAGAUCUGAUUCAGUCAGCAGCUCUAUCCUGGGUUUUCCCACAGGAAUUGACGCGAUCACUUAUAAUGGAUCUGGAAACCUUGCACACUUACUCCGGGAACCUACUGGAGCCAAUGGGAGGGAUGACCAUCAAGAUACCAGACUGCCAAAUGGUAGUGGCGGGGUUUAUGCUAGUAGCAGUCGUAUGUCAGAAUCUGAGGAUGGAAAAGAUUCUGGUUCUUUCCAAGACGGUGAGAAUGGUAUGAAUUCUAGAAAUUCUGCAAUGGCUGUCAACGGUAAUCAAGUUGAGGCUGAGUGGAUCGAACAGUAUGAGCCUGGCGUGUAUAUAACUCUUGUAGCAUUGCGAGAUGGAACCAGAGAUUUAAAACGAGUGCGCUUCAGCCGGAGAAGAUUUGGUGAACAUCAAGCUGAGACUUGGUGGUCAGAAAACCGUGAAAAGGUAUACGAGAGAUAUAACGUUCGUGGACUGGACAAAUCGACUUCUGGGCAGGCCGCCCGUAGAUCAGAAGGAGCCGUCUCACCCACUUCCCAAAUUUAGCAACAAGGCCAGAAAUAGGGAGGUUCAGCAUUAACACAAAUUGUACCAAUGACGAAGGAUAAUGUCCAAGCAGAGUUGAAGCGAAGCAAAAAUCCUUCUUUUUCUUUUGCCCAUUUUUUUUUUUUCCUUUUUUUUUUUGACGCCCACCUCUCCACUUCUUUUUUAAUUAAUUUUUCGUUUUUCCAUUUAAUUUAUGGGUAUCUAUCUGCCCUUUACAGAUCUCUUGUAUUGUAGUGUAUAUAAAAUCAUCAUCAAUUGUGCGGUCACCCUAGCAAAAAAGUUUUUGUUCUUAGCUUUCUACAUCCCCACAGUUGUUUUUGUUGCCCAUAUAUUUAGCUUUAUUUCAUAUUUAUUUAGAAUUAAGGAAGAAUCCUCUUUUGAUCUGAGGUUUUACCAUAAUUUUUAGGAGGAAAAUCAGGAAUGCAUAACACUUGUAACACCUUUUAUAAUGAGAUGAAACAAAUGUAUCAUGUUUUUAGGAA